AUGCCAGUAAACAGAAAAAGAGAACAAGGAAAAGAUGCUGCCGUACAAGGGACAAAUGACAGCAGUGUGGUCAGUAAGGUGUCAGCAGCGGCACAGGGCUACUUCCAUGAUGAUUUCCUCAAGCAUUUUGUGUGCAAGAUGUCAAGAAGAGCUCCACUCAUUAAUAGAGGUUAUUAUGUGCGCUGGAAGGCAGUCGAUCACUGUGUGAAGCAGUUUCUCCAUGCAACAAAAUCCUGCUCCAGGAGACAGAUUCUGUCACUGGGAGCGGGGUUUGACUCGCUGUUUUUCCGGCUGCGUGCAGAAGGAGCCCUUGGAGGUGUCACUGUUUUUGAAGUUGACUUUCCAGAAGUUGCCCGUCGCAAAGCUGCCUUGAUCAAUAGCAAUGCUUGCCUGAAGGACUUGUUGCCAGAUUGGGAGACUGUCCUAAAUAAGCAGACAAAUGCUGUGUUUAUCAGCAGUGGUCAUUAUAAUCUGAUUGGUGCGGAUGUCAGGAAGGAGCAGGAGGUGGAGGCAAGUCUGAGCGCAGCUGGACUGCAGUGGGACAAUCCUACACUCAUCCUGUCAGAGGUGGUGCUGACUUACAUGGAGACGCAAUGGUCGGAUGCUGUGAUUGGCUGGGCUGCCAGGCUCCUCCCACAGUCUAUGUUCGUGAUGUAUGAACAGAUCCACCCAGAUGACCCAUUUGGCAGAGUCAUGCAGAGCCACUUCCUUAAGCUCAACUCUAAAAUUCAUUCUCUACAACAAUAUCCAGACAAUGUGGCUCAAACCCAGAGAUUCAUACAGGAAGGCUGGGAAAAAUGUCACUGUCUGGACAUGAACCAGUUUUAUUUUGAUCUUCUUCCUGAAGAUGAGAGGCAGAGAAUCGAAAAUCUGGAGCCGUUUGAUGAGUUUGAGGAAUGGCAUCAGAAAUGUUCUCAUUACUUCAUCCUUACUGCCUCCAAAGGCUCUGUGACCAGGCAAGCUCUUCUCACGCUACCAAAUACAUCCUCCAUUCCCCAAAUGACUCCUCAAUGGAACACACAUCCUCCUCUGGUCGUUCAGCCCAUGUGUGGAUCACCGUCUGUGGAGGCUCUUGGUAUGGCAUCUGCCCUUCUGACCCCUGAAAUCAUCCUUCUCACUGGAGGCUUUGGAAGAAAUGGAAGAGACACUGCAGCAAGGGUCCUGAUCAAAGAGAAGUGUGGCUGGAAAAGUGCCUGUGUAGAAGUACAUGGAGAUAAAGUGGUGAGUCUUUAUCAGACGUUGACUUCUGUCCCUGGUGGUGGAGUCGUUCUUUUCGGAGGCCGAUCUUCUCCACUUAGUCCAUCAGGCAGUGUCGUUUUGGUGACCGCUGACCUUGCUGAUGAAGUACAACUUUCAUUCACGAACAUAGUUUGUACUGGCACUGGUCCAAAGCCACGAUGGCGACACACAUCUACUUUAAUAUGCUACAACGACAAGACCUUUCUGUUUGUGUUUGGAGGACGUUCUGAAAAGGAUCCGAUUCUAGGAGAUGCACAUUUCCUGUGUUUGGAAGACAAGCACUGGACUGAGAUUACAGUUGUUGGUGCUGGUCCGGAAGCCCGCCACUCCCAUUCAGCUUGUCCCUAUGGAGGGGGGCUUGUGAUAUUUGGAGGUUUGGGGGAAGGAGGCAAACCUCUGGGGGAUGCCCUUUAUCUAAGACCCACAUCAUCAGGUUUCUGCUGGGAGAUGAAAGAUUUACAUCCACCUCCAGUGCCCAGAUACUCUCACUCAGCUCAUGUAAUUAAUGAGAAGCUGGUUGUGGUUGGUGGAGUCUGGCUUCAGGCUGAUGGAGUACCAGGAGUUUCUAUAGUAAAUCUCAACACUGGAAGCUGUGUGGAGAUCCAGCUGGAUACUUUGUCUGUGCCUUGGCCUCUGAUGCUGCAUUCGUUCUGCUCUGAGUUGCUGGAUUGUGAAGGAUCCGAGCUGGUGCUGAUUGGUGGAGGUGGAAACUGUUUCUCAUUUGGAACUCACCUCAACCUUCAUCCUGUUACUGUGGAUCUUAAACCAAUACUUUGCUUUUGA